AUGGAGUGGAAGAGAAAUCUAGGCUUCUCCGAGCGCUUGACGGCGAUUCAAUCACUUACAACUGCCUUCCAGCGAGCUUCAUCCUCCGCUGCAUUUACAGAGGCCCAAUCCCAGGCGAGGAAAUGUGAAAACGAAGCUUAUGACCGAGCUUCAUCGCGUGAAGAAUAUGACAGGCUUUGCCAAGAAGCAAUUGACGCAGCAGAUGCCAUCGACUCGGUAGCCCUUAUCGACAAUUGUCCAGAUCAACUUCUAGAGGAGCCAGACAAGUGUGAUCCAGGUCAUGGCGAGGUGAUUGGUCCAUAUCAGUCGUGCUUCCAUCAUUUCGAUGGCCUCCACUCGACUGUUUACAAAGCGCGGCAAGCAGACAAAACUGUGGUCGCGCUCAAAGUACUCAUCCCACACAUGCUGACGCCUCCACACAAUGCCACACGUGAGAUCCAGCUGCUACGUGAUGCAGCUCAUACCCACGUGAUUCCAUUGGUCGACACACUCAAGCUAGACGGAGGACGCCUGGUUUUGGUGUUUCCUUUCAUGAAGCAUGAUCUUGAGCAACUGCUCCGCCGGGGCGCAUUGACGGCGACACAGACAAGAACUCACUUGAAAGAUAUGUUUCGUGCCUUGGCACACAUCCAUCAACUGGGCAUCAUACAUCGGGAUAUCAAACCAUCCAACAUCCUCAUGGACUCUCCAGAUGGGCCUGCCUACCUGGCAGAUUUUGGCAUCGCCUGGAAAGAGGGAAUUAGAGACUCGGAGCCAGCCGAUGAGAAGAUCACAGACGUAGGAACCACCUGUUACCGGUCGCCGGAAAUUCUCUUUGGCUUCAAAGGCUACGGAAAUAGCCUUGAUCUCUGGGCGGCUGGCUGUGUCGUGGCCGAGGCUUUGUCCGUGGGACAUCGUCAAUUGUUCGACUCGGGACCAGUUGGUAGUGAUCUUUCCCUUAUUCAGUCAAUCUUCGUUACAUUGGGCACUCCUGACGAGAGCACUUGGCCGGAAACAAAAACUCUUCCUGACUGGGGAAAGAUAGAAUUCAAGAAAUAUUCCCCCCAACAGUGGGAUGAUAUCCUCAAAGGAGCCUCGUCUAAGGGGCGUGACUUAGUUAGCAAACUUAUCCGAUAUGAAAGCUGCGAGCGACUAUCUGCUGAAGAGGCGCUGAACCACCCCUACUUCUCAAAUGCCUGA